AUGUUGGCUGUAGCUUCCAAUCUAUUCGGAAAGUCCAGCUCACUCUCAGCAUACACGCUCGAUUCUGCGGCGCCAUCCCCGUCGUCCUCCGCAACCCAACUUCCUUCUGGAUCUCGGAGCACGGACGGGCCCUCUCAAUCGAAUCCGUUGAAUGUAGGUCUAUGGAAAGUAGUGGGUGCGACGCACAAGACAACUGGGAAACAUGUCAGCGUCUGGAUAUUUGAGAAGCGUAUGUUGGAUCUUGCCAAGGGAGAUGGAGGGUUCAGAUCUAAUGCUGAGGCGAAGGAUUUUGUGCUGGAGCGAUUAAAGAAGGAGGCUACAUCACUCUCUCGCUUGAGGCAUCCGGACAUCCUGCAUAUGGUGGAACCGCUAGAAGACUCCCGGACGGAAUUGACAUUCGUCACUGAGACCAUCAUCUCAUCUCUCGAGACUAUCCUCACAGCAGCCGCUGGGCCUUCAAGACGGACUGGAAAACGACCUCCAGAGGUAGAGAACAGAACCGAGGUGGACUUGGAUGAAGUUGAAAUUCAGAAGGGGACCCUACAAAUAGCCAAAGGUUUGAGCUUCUUGCAUCAACAAGCGAAGCUUGUGCAUCUCAACAUAGCCCCUUCGUCGAUCAUGAUCAACGCGAAGGGCGACUGGAAGCUGUCCGGUCUUGGCAUGACGACCCCGCUCACGCGGCCUGAUGGUACACCUAGCAAAUACGUCUAUCCGGAGGUGGACACACGGAUACCGCCUCAGAUUCAAUGGAAGAUGGAUUACUUAGCUCCCGAAUAUGCUCUCGACUACACACUUACCCCGUCGAAUGACCUUUACUCGCUUGGUUGUGUGCUAUACGCCGUUCACAUGGGCGGCCGACCGCCUUUCCGGAAUCAUGGCUCAAUGCAGAGUCUACGGGAUAAUGCCGAGGGAUCGUUGUUCAGGAAAGACUGGAUGAAUGUGUCACGGUGGAACCGGUGCAGUGCGGAACUGAGAGAUCUGCUACCCCGACUGUUGACUAGACACCCAUCCAAUCGGAUCAGUCUUGCCUCUCUCCCUUCUCAUUCAUUCUUCUCCUCUCUUGCUAUCUCGACAUUGAACUUUCUUGAUGCUACAACCUUUGCGUCCAAGCCCAGAGAAGAAAAGGCCACGUUCCUUCGAGGCCUGGUCCGUGUACUGCCAACGUUCUCAGAUAGACUGAGAAAGGGCAAAAUCCUUCCGAGUCUCUUGGAAGAGAUGAAAGACACAUACCUACUCCCAUUCAUCUUGCCCAACGUCUUUGAGGUCUCCAACACUCUGAGCAAGAGUGAAUUCACACCGGUUCUCUCAAAGCUGCAACCCCUCUUUGGUUUGCGUGAUCCUCCUCAGAACAUGCUCACCCUGUUGGAGCACUUGACCCUUUUUGAAGAGAAGACCGAUCCUCCGCUGUUCCGAGAACACGUCAUGCCAUUGAUCUACAAUGCCCUUGAAUGUGAACAUCUACCGGUGCAGGAGAAAGCUCUCAAAGUGGUCCCUCAUCUGUGUGAAAUCCUAGAUUACGGCACGGUACAAAAUGUCCUGCUGGUGAAAGUUGCGAUCCUGUUCACGCGGACACGCAUACUAUCGGUCAAGGUGCAGACCCUUGAAUGCUUCACAGCCAUGGUGAAGACCUUAGACAAGGCGACCCUCACAACAAAGAUGGUGCCUCAGCUUGCAAAGAUUAAGACGAAAGCCAUGGGAGCCAAGGUCGACCGAGAGGCGAUAGCGACUUUGGUGCUGCCUCAGCUAUGGGCGAUGUCCAUGGGGCCUUUGCUCAAUGCCGAUCAAUUCGGCCGUUUCAUGACCGUCAUCAAAUCCCUGGGUAUCAGAGUAGAGCAGGAGCAUAGCCAGCAUUUGAGAGAUGUGGGACGAAUUGAGCAACAGACGUCGUCAUUUGCUGGUGGGGUCAAUGGCUCUGCGUUCUCGAUGAAUGGACCGAGUGGAAACGGCGAGGUCGAUUUCGAGGCUUUGGUGAAGGGGCAGAAUGGUAUCGCCAAUCCUCUCGCAGACGCUGCACCUGUCGAUCCUUGGGAUGAAGGAUGGGCGGAUAGCGGAGAGUCGGACGCGACUUUGUCUCAGGCUUUCCCGGGCCUAUCCAUGACCUCCACACCGGCCAGCAGCUCAUUCUUGUCCUCGCCGAUUCCAACUGCAACCGCGCCCUCUUCAUCCUUCACCGCCACAGCCAGUGUCAGCCGCCUCAAAGCCCGACCCGUUCCAGCUUCAACUUUUGAUUCCUCUGCUUUUGCUUCGCCUCCUUCCGCACAAUCAUCACAGCUAUUGUCGCCCGGUCCAGCAUCUCGAACGCCAUCCUACAACGCAUCCCAUCAGCAUGAAUCUGCAGGGCUCGCGCCAUUGCAACCUCAACGACCAGCAGCACAGCGUGCUCCCUCCGGCAACGCUCCCAAUUAUAAUAUAUCCCUGUCGCCACAUCCCCUUACGCCAUCACAACCCUCGAACUCGUUAUCAUUCGUGUCUCCUGCCGUUGCUUCCCUCUCAUCACCUCAUUCGGCUCAAUCGACAUUCAAGCCGAUGCAGACCUUGAGCACGAUGCAAUCUAGCAAGCCAACGAUGUCGAGCCCCGCAAUCCCGGCUGUUCAGCCUCCACCUGGCUGGUCAUCUGGCGUGAUGAAGCCUACGGUUGCGCCUAAACCGACUAUUCCGAGCGUGUCUGGGAAUCAGAAUUGGGGAGACUUUGAUCCUCUGAACUAG